CAAUUCUCUCGUUCAUCUCAACCCCCAGCUCCGUCACAUCUACACGCCAAUGCUUCGGCGACCCGGCUGCGGAUAAUGAGACCGUAUCUGCCCAGACUAGCUGCGACCCCGUGCUCGGUCGCGCAACGCUGGGCCAGGCGGUCGUACGCCUUCCAGGCCGCGGGCGCCCCCGUCUUCGAGGUCUUCAACCGCCGCACCAAAUGGCUGCAGAAGGAGAGGGCCGCCGCCGACGUCGAGGCCAGCCGGCAGGCCGACUACCUCAAGGAUGAGGUUGCCAUCCGGCUGUGCGAAAGACUACUGGACUUCAGCCGGCACUUCCCCAAGGCGCUCGACUUUGGCGCCAACGCCUGCAACGUGGCCAAGGCGCUGGCGCGCGAGAACCCGGACCCGGACCCGUCGCGGCCCACGUCGCCGCCGCUGGCCCGGCGCGUGUCGCACCUGACGGCCGCCGACUCGUCGCGCGCCAUGCUGCACCGCGACGCCGGCGAGGCCUGGAACUCGGAGCUGGACAUGUCGCGCGUCGUGCUGGACGACGAGGAGGGCACGCUGCCCUUCGAGCCGGGGUCCUUCGAUCUCGUGCUCAGCAGCCUGAGCCUGCACUGGAUCAACAACCUGCCCGCCGUGCUGGGCCAGAUCAACAGCUGCCUCAAGCCCGACGCGCCCUUCCUGGGCGCCAUGCUGGGCGGCGACACGCUCUUCGAGCUGCGCACGAGCCUGCAGCUGGCCGAGCAGGAGCGCAAGGGCGGCAUCUCGCCGCGCGUGUCCCCGCUCGCCGACGUGCGCGACGUCGGGGGCCUGAUGCAGCGCUGCGGCUUCAAGAUGCUGACCGUAGACGUCGACGACAUCAUCAUCGACUACCCGGACACGUUUUCGCUGAUGCAGGACCUUCAGGCCAUGGGCGAGGCCAACGCCGUGCUGGGCCGCGAGAUGGGCGCCAUCGGCCGCGACCUGUUGCUUGCCAACGACGCCAUAUAUCGCGAGCUGCACGGGAACCCGGACGGCACCAUCCCCGCGACUUUUAGGAUCAUCUACAUGAUCGGAUGGCGCGAGGGGGCGAAUCAGCCUCAGCCGCUAGCUCGUGGCAGCGGCCAAGUAAACCUAAAGGAUAUCCUGGAGAACAAAUAGAGCAAUCUGAAUGGGAAUCGGGGGUCUCUUGAAUCCCAUAUGCAAGCAAUACUGGACCUUUCAUGGGCUUUUUGUAUUCGUUCUGUCGGUAGUACAUCAUAUAAUUGAGACCGCCGCUUGUAAAAAAAAAAAAAAAAGACACAAGA